AUGCGUACAACGGCGCCUAAUAACGCUAUUUUAUGUUCAUUAGGAUUCCUAUUUCUGGCUUUAACGCUAUCAGUUUGUUUAGCCUUCAGUGUCUAUACAAGCUGUUUUUUUAACCAAAACACAGCGCGUCGUGGUCCUUAUCUCGGUAUUCUUCGCUCCGAGAUCACGAUAGGUUGCGAAUCAUCAGUCGCACAUCACCUCAAAACCCCGUUUUGGUCGUCUUUAGGCAGUCGAAAGUCCAUUGAGACUGUGAUUCACACUGGUGAUUGUGAGGACUACGACGUCAACUGCAUCCAGUACCGCAAGGCACGUUUUUGGCGUGAAUUAAGCACCCCUGAGAUCGAAGAGGAGAUUAGAAAAGUUCGUAAAGUGCUGGCCAAGAUCGAGUUGUACCGCAAAACAAAGAACCCGGCACUUCAUCCAAGUUCUUUGGGCAAUACACGCCGUACUUUGGCGCAGCUUUUGUUCAUUAGACAUGAACGCCACCUUCGUUCGCUACGAGAGAAAUCAGAUUCGAAGUGA